AAAGUGAUGUGAAGUAAAAAAGAAUGGAUUUGGGAUCUUUGCUGAGUCAAUACAUAGAAUAUCUCUCAAAUGAUGCUUAUAAAACCAAGGAGGUGCUUGUGAGGAAUUCUAAAGAAUUCUUGAGCACUUCUAAACCUGGCUACAGAUUUGCACUGGAAGUGGAAUUUUAUGAUGAUGUAGAGAGAAUUGCUCAGAAAUUUGAUAGUGAUGAAGACUUCUUUAAAAUGAUGAAGGCUGGAAUGAACAGCCUUGAGAAAUAUGGAGUGAACUUGUGGAGGUUCCCCUGGCGUAAAGAGUACCACACUGUUAAGCUUUACACUGCAUUUUUUAAGAAUAUUGAAAAACAACUGAAAGACAAGGAAUUCAUUUUUUCUGUGUUGAAGUUUCUCGGCUACACAGAAAGAGAUGAACACAAAGUGUAUAUAAAAGAUUCUGGGAGAAGAAAUCCCAUGUGGGCAUCCUUCAACCUCUUUUUACUUCAGGUGGAGUUGCAAAUAAUGAAGGAAAUUCAAAGUCAAAACUCAAGCAGAAAUAUUCCAUUGAAGGAAAUUGUUAAAUCAAGAUCAAAAAGACGCACCAUGGAAGACGCUAUUCGUUAUCUAGGCCGAAAAUCUUUCAGUAAACAGCCAGAACUUGAUCUGUCAAAAGCAACAGACAGUGGUGUUGCGAAUGCUAGUAAUCGUUCAAAUGAGCCUACAUUCCGCAACGGAUACGUUCGCACUGCUCAACUACCACAUCAAAAAUUACCACUAGGCGGUGUUGACUCGGUACGGAUUACAGACAACGUUUUGUACGGUGUAAAUCCUGAAGAAAGCCAACCUGAGCACGCAAGUGCAUACAACAGGGAGGUGCGCGACCAGAAUAGUUCUCGAUAUGAUGAUGCCAGCGGGAGUGCCAUGUUCAGAGAAAAGACUGGUAAUAGCCAACAUGUUACAACGCCUCCAACAGGUCGCCCACAGUACUCUGCUAACACAAAAGGAGGCCAGCAGCAUGACGCUGAUUCAAGUUACUACACUUUCCAUCAGCUUGGUUUACCACACUCUCCUCGUCUCACUAACGCAGGAGUUAAAGAUCCUGAUUUGCAACCGGCUUUACUCAGUGAUGGCCUUUUGUUCAACAGUUCAGCCGAAGCUGCCGCAAGAGUUCAUGGCAUAAACCCCAGCAGGUAUGCGAACCUCAGAUGUAACGCUGGUUCUGACUGUCAAAACAUUGGAUGCAGUGGAUCAGAUAAAUCUUUGCCCACGAAAGAGGGUGGGAGACACUUUGAAGACAGAUUAACGAUAAUUCAGCAAACUGCCAUCUCUUGCUCCGCACAGGGCUUGAUUAGGAUGGAGGGUGAGACGCACGUGAGAUCUUCAAAUCAUUUGUCAAGUAACGACGAGCCAUCUAACGUUAGUAAAACUGCAAAAGCUCCUCAGCAGCAGAAAAAUAUGUCUAGUGAACACAAGAGGCAGCAAGCAAAUGUCGAGCAUUUUCCUAGUGGGGAGGAAGCCGCUAAAUCACAGCAAGCACACAGAUUACGCGUUGAUAUUGAAAGUCCUACAGCGUCUACAGCUGUUUACAAUAUCAGCCCUGGUGCAGCUGAGGGAAGGAAUCGUUUACCAGAGAAACCCCCAUCACCUGUACAGAACAGAACGAACGGGGAUUCACCUCAAAGAAAAGAGGAUGGUUCAGCUCGUCAUUUCCCACCAUCAAAGGUUCAAAAUCACACUGAAGGUUCAGUGAAAAGUUUUCAAACUGGAGCUGUAUCAGUUGCUCAAACAACAUCGUCUCAUGAGACUCGUGCAUUUAAGCAAGCCGUAAAAGGCGAAUGUUAUAAGUGCUUGGUACCCGCGUCAUACAUUUGCCGUUCUUGUUUUCGAUUUGUUUGCGGAAAGUGCAAGGUAGACUGUUCUGAGGAUCUUUGCGAGAUGCUUAAUGGAGGGCAUCAAUUUGUGAUCCUUAAGGCCUCUGAAGGAAAGGGUGAACAAGGCAUUGGAAUUAGUGGAGAAGAAUGGUCCUGUCUUCGUUGCACAUUCUUUAAUCUUGCAGAGAACAAAAUCUGUGCCAUGUGUUCCACGACACGCGGACUUAGUGCUAUGGAGCUGUCAAAGCCGGGCAGCAGAGUUUGUUCUGUGUGUACAUACCACAACAAAGAGAACGCUAAAAUUUGUGGCGCUUGUUCAAUUACUCUAGACUUGCAUGGUCGCGAGACGAUGUGCUAA